AUGUUGGCGCGCCUCGGGCUUCCGUCGUCCAAGAAGAAGUACGAAGAGAGCAUUACGGGCGUGCACGCGUACCGUCAAAAGUACCAAGACGCGCUGCUCUUGCCCAAGCGCGAGCUCCAGAAACUCGACCUCUCGCCGCCCAAAAGCAAGCGCCACCAGUACCGCCACCGCCUCCAAGAGCCGGCGUCGACUAAACCGACGAAAACCAAAGAGCUCUCGAACGAAGAGAACGACGCGGUGUGGCGCCGAUGGAAGCAGCGCAAGGCCGACGUUCUCGCCAAGCAAAAGCAGGAGGACGACACCGUCCUCGCGAGCUUGCAAGAGCGCGCGCCAAAGCCCGGCGACGCAGAGGCGCAGUUUGAGCGCUGGAAGGAGAAGAAGCGAGAGGCUGACCGCGCCGAGCGGCAGCGCAAGAAAGCCGAACAGGCCGCGUGGGAUGCCAUGCUGGCACAAGACAAGGCCAAGCGACGAGAGAUGCUCCACGAGAAAGUGCCGCCGAUGGCCCACGCCGUCAAGACCAAGAAGCUGCCCGAGCCCGAGACCGUGCUGCACGUGCUCGAACAAGUGCAAGCGUCGCCGUACAGCAAGCGGCUGCGCGGCCACAAGAAGCCAGCAGCGCCGCUGUUGCCUCAGAUUUUGCUGAAAGCCCGGCCUCGCCCCUCGACGUGCAAAGGACCACCGGAAACGUCAGGCAUCCACCAAAGCGAGACGAAAGCGAGCCAGAGGCUGGCUGGCAGCGAAGACGACAACAACAAUGAGAGCGAGGGGCUGCCGCCGCUCGCGGUUGCCGAGAGGAUACCGCGGCCAACCACGUCGGCGAUGGCUGCGAGUACGAGUGACCGUUGACACGUUAUUAUGAAGGACGAUAUCAAUCUAUUCGACCACAGCGUGUUUCGCUACCUC